AGAACCAAAAACACCCCCCCCCCCCACCCCGACAUAAACCGAGGCGCCGCUAGAAAAAAAAAGGAGAAGAAGAAAAGAAAAAAAAAGAGAGAGAAAAGUUGAACUUAUUCAACUUGACUGGCGUUGCGACUCGGAAAAAAAACUAUUUUUUCCCCGUCGCCCUCCCCGUCGACGUUACUUACGUACGCAGCGUGCCCGCGAGCCAAAUAACAUGGAGUCCUCCGUCUGGCAUCUUCGAGGAAUCCAUGCAAAGACCUGAGCGGCGCUUCGGAGGGACAAGUUCGUCCCCGCGGGAGCAGUCCAAGCCGCCGGCGGGGAGAGCAUCGUCUCGGGGCGGUGAAAGCCUCAGCGCCGUCCUCGGGACUAUGACGAGCGGAGCUUGAACCAGCUCAGCCUUUUCUACCGCGACCAGCAAACCAGGCCGAAAUUCAAAGAAGAGGAGGCUGCACAAUGUAGGACAGCUGGUCACCAGUGGGACUCCAUACUGCUCUCUGGGGGGAGGGGUGGGGGGACCAUGGAGCCAGUGGGGCAACCCCUAACCCCAGGGACCAGCUAUGGGCUCGCACCCUCAACCUCAGCACAAAACCCUAUCUCCCUCAAAGGCAGCUUACAGUCCUCAUGUUCUCCAAAUGUGAGGGACGGCCCGAUGUCUGCCAAGCGUUCGAGGGUGGUGCGGGCCGGCGAUGAGGGCGCUCGGAUCAGUGCAGACCCGGGGAGGAGCGCACAGAGGAGAUUCAGGUCCUCAGCCUUUCCUUUCUCCCUAAGCUGGGACUCUGACUCUGAGAGAGAAACACUAGAUGAGGAGGAGCCACAGCACUUUUCUAACCCUCAUGGCCUGGCUGUUCACAGCCCAGGAUCCUCUUCUGGACUCAGUCUUGAUCAUGAAGACGGCCAAGAACCUAAAAAACUGGAGCACUUGCAUGGCGAGAUGGACUGGUCUACGGCCUUGGAGGGGCACCACGGAGACCAUGAGAGAACAAAGACAGAAGAGACAAAUACGUCACGGCUCGGCCCGACAGACUUGGCAGACAGCGAAGCGUGGAAUGUAUCCAAGCUGUUUCUCUCGAAAAGAAAACCAAAGGACGGUUGCCAAAUGGAGAUGGAGGAGGAGGAGGACGAGGAAGACGAGGAGGAGGAGGAGGAGGAGGAGGAGGAGGUGAUGGGCCAUAGUGAGGGAGAGAAGAGGCCCAGGGGGAAAGAAACUAAGGAGCUUGAGAAGGAUGUGUACACCUUCCCUGGAGACUCUGACCCAGAGAGUCCCCCUCCCGCCCCCUGGGCUCAUUGCACAUUCAUUCAGCGGUGCCGGAAGAAGAGGGUGCUGCUCAGGCCCUUCUCCGGACUCGGCACCUUGAAGCGCACAUCCAGUCCUCAGAGAUCCCAAAGCACUGAGACAGCACAGCUGGAUCGAGGUGAAGGGGUGUACGAUUUUGAGGAGGCCGGCUUCGGAGAGGCAGCAGUGGAGGAGCCGAUGAAGUUAAGAGAGAGAGGAGGGAAAGGGGAUGAAGAUGAAGAAGAAGAAGAAGAAGAAGUGGAGGAAGAGCCAGGUGAAGAAAUUUUCACCUGUGUGGAAUGUAGCAUUUACUUCAAGAAGCAGGUCCACCUGCAGGAGCACAUAGUUGAGCACUGUUUGAGUGGCGCCGCGGGCGGCAGGAGUUCGGGAAAAGGCGGCCAAUUUCGGUGUGUUGAGUGCGGAUGGGAUCUUCCGAAUCGGCUCGCACUGGCCGACCACCACAAGAGGCACCAGGAGUCCCGUCUAAAGAUCUUGGCGGAGAUUGAGAAACUGAACGAAAACGGGAAAGCGAGAGGGAUUCAGAAGUUCGACGGUAAGACGGUGAAGCACACGAGUUCGGACGCGGCUGUGAUGCGAGAUGCGGGCAAAACAUCGGACCCAGAAAUGGUGACGCCACUUUCCCCGGCCCCGGUUUCAACACCGGACCCGGCAGUUCUCGACUCGUACGCCGCUCCUCCGAAUUCAGUUCGAAGUCCGGCUCCGGUCCGAGGUGGUUCCGCCUGCCGUCGCCGCUUCGUCUGCACAAAGUGUAACUUCAGCACAAGAACACCUCAGGCACUGGCCAAUCACAUCAAGACCCACAACAGAAAGAAAGCCGCUCGCCAGGCUGACCCCCCGUCCCCUGGGCCGCCACCGUUUUCCCUGGCCUGUGGUCAUUGUGCCUUCCUGACCUCCAGUCACACUGUAAUGAGGGAACAUCAAAAACUUGUUCACCCGGCGCAGGUCUCCAUCAGUGGCGUGCUGGCUGAUGAGACUGGCCAGCGUUUGAGGUCCCACGUGGGCGCUCAAAUUCCAAAGCCCUGCCUUGAUUCUGACUGUCUCGCUGGGUCUGGAUCUGGAUCUGGAUCCUCUCACGAUGCGACGCCAGACCGCGACGCAGCUCGGUCCGCGAGCCAGGUGGUCUUCGAGCGCGUUGGGAACAGGAGAUUUAGCAGAAGAGGGAAGACUUGGACUGAUCUGGACAAGUUUCUGGAGGUUGACAAGCGGACAGGGGCCGAAGAAGAAGAAGAAGAAGAAGAAGAAGAAGAAGAAGAAGAAGAAGAAGAAGAAGAAGAAGAAGAAGAGCAGGACGAAGAGCCGAGCACAGAGCGUUCCCAACCAGAUGCCAAUUCACCUGUUGGAGUGAAACCGCACACCAGAGCACAACCCAGCACAGAGGACUGCGCAGCACAGCAGAGCGCCACAUUAUUGCUCCCCCCUGACAAGUGUGUGAACGACGAAGACGAGCUGCAGGUGGAGAAAGACGGUAAGGUUCUCCUUCUGAGGAGGAGCAACCGGGUUCCCGCUGCUCCCGCAGAAACCGACAGCGAAGAAGAAGACGAGGACGAGGACGACAUUGACGAGGAGCACGUGCGGCAUCUCUUGUCGGAGGGCUUCUUGGAUGAAGACCCGGACGGGAUCGAUGAGGACUCCGAGGCGCUCAAGUGUGUGGAGCGGAAGUGCCCCUACUGCCCCGAUCGAUUUCAUAAUGGCAUCGGGCUCGCCAAUCACGUGAGGGGCCACCUGAACCGAGUGGGCGUCAGCUACAACGUGCGUCACUUCAUAUCCCCAGAGGAAGUCAAUGCCAUUGAGAGGAAGUUCUCCUAUCAGAAGAAGAAGAAAAAAGUUGCAAACUUCGACCCGGACACGUUCAGCGUGAUGCACUGCGAGUUCUGCAGCGCCGGCUUCGACACCCGGGCCGGCCUGUCCAGCCACGCCAGGGCCCACCUCCGCGACUUCGGCAUCACCAACUGGGACGUCACCAUCUCGCCGAUCCACAUCCUGAGGGAGCUGUUCUCCAGCAGGCCCGACCUCGCAAUCCCCACGGCUCCCCCCCGGAGCACCGGCUCCUCAGAGGAGGAAGAGGAAGAGGAGAACCAGUUGGAGGAGGAGGGGGAGGGAAUUGUUGAGAUAAAGUUGGAGGGGGACACAAGCGAGAGGACGCUGAGUGUGGCCGUCCCGGAUGCGCCGCCUUUAGCAUCUCCUCAACGCUUUAAGGAGGAGGAAGGUGUUGACGAGAGUGAAGGUGGGGAGAAAGCAGCUGAGGAUGACGAGGAGGAGCCCCAGCGUCCAGCACUGGAUAGUCUGAGCUCCAGCCAGACACAGAAAGCCGAGGUGUGCAGCGUGGACUCGGACGGCCUCUCUCCCGGGGAGGAUGCAGACUCCAAGGUCUAUGACUUGAAGUGCGCGGUGUGCGGAGCCCAGUUCGAGACCAGGCGCGGGCUGUCCAGCCACGCCCGCUCUCACCUGCGCCAGCUGGGUGUCAGCGUCUCGGAGAGCAGCGGGGCGCCAAUCGACCUCCUCUUACCAAAUUGCCAAGGAAACUCCUCUGUCCCUCAGAAGGAUGAGGACCUAGGAGACAUGGAUUUAGAAGAGAAAGCCACCCCCCUCUCCAUCCUGUCCAAAGCGGCGAAAGCGGUGCCACCCUCUUCCUCCACGCCGUCACCGUCCCUCGGUGCCUAUCCUGCUCCGCCUCACUCCGGCUCCCCGUCUUCAGUCGUGCGGAAAGCCCCAUUUUCCUCCCUGCUGCCUGUCUCGUCCCCCUUGCGCUCCCUGGAGCACAAGGCCGGGGGAAUGAAAAGCUUGACCUCAAACCUCUCUUCCACCGUCACGACCAAACCCAUCUGGGCACCGCAGGAGAAUGACGCCCCUCUCAACCUCACACUGGAGGUGGACCCCAACAAGGACAUUGUCUGUCAGCUGUGCGGCGCCUGGUUCGAGACUCGAAAAGGUUUAUCCAGCCACGCGCGGGCCCACCUGCGGCACUUUGGGGUGGAGUACUCCGAAUCCAAGGGUUCUCCCAUUGACCUACUGAACCAGCUCAUCGACACGGAUGACUUCAAGCACAAGGCCGGCGCGCUGCAGCUCGACGGCCACGCGGAGCCGCGGGGCCUCGCCGCCAAGCUCUCCGCCCCGAAGCGCUCCCUGCUCAGCCUCGCUUCCUCCUCAUCCCUCCUCUGCAAGGUGACCACAGCCGGCGGCGGGUAAGCCCAAGCUACCUCUUCCUCCACCCCGCCUCUGCUUGGCCCACCCGCCAAGCGUCUCAAGUCCUCCUCCAUGAGGGUCUUCGCCUGAGCAGUUGGCGAGCUCAUGGCCCUUCCACACAGUGAACCGCCAAAGGAAAUAGGCUGCGAGUUCUGUGGGGAGUACUUUGAGAACCGCAAAGGCCUCUCCAGCCAUGCCCGCUCCCACCUGCGCCAUGGCAUCACCGAGUGGACCGUCAACGGCUCGCCCAUAGACACCCUGAGGGAGAUCAUCACAAGACGGGGCUUGCCUUGCGCUCUUCCUCUAAAACCUCUCAAACCUCCACCCCCGUCCUCUCGACCCCCUCGUUCGCCUCUGCCGACCUCCUCCUCCUCUCCUUCCGCCACCCUCCUCAGCCGCCUACCCUUCGCCUUCGCCCGGCCCUCCAGCCCCCUCCAGCCUGCGGCGUCCAAAUCGAGUUUGGCUCUACCGACGUUUGCUAGCGGGCUGAUCCUCAAGCUGAAGCCUGAGCCAGUGCAGCUGGAGGUCACCACGCCGGGAGCCGCGGGGAGAUCUGCCAGCAUCUCUGGUGAAGCUCUCAACUGCAGUUGGAGCAGCUCUGACAGCGUGUUCCCCCUCAACCUAGCCAUGGCCCAUGAAAUGGAGCCCACGAGAGAUAUUCGCUGCGAGUUCUGCGGGGAGUACUUUGAGAACCGCAAGGGCCUCUCCAGCCACGCCCGCUCCCACCUACGCCAGAUGGGCAUCACCGAGUGGAUCGUCAACGGCUCGCCCAUCGACACCCUGAGGGAGGUCAUGCACAAGAGAGGGGUGGGCCCCUCUUCUCACCAGGGAGUGAAGAAGGAGACGAGCCAGGGGGCCAGCAGUCCCCUGUGGGAGAACACCGAGGGUUUGGGUGUUUCAGGCUACCAGUCCAAGUUCCGCAAGUCUCCGCUCAGCUUGCUGCAGUCGGGGUCCCGGCUCCACAAGCAGGGCCUGGGGUCCACGUCCACUAACCCCCCUGCGGGGAAGUUCUUCAGGCUCUCCCCACUGGGGAAAAGGCCUCUGUCUGAGGAGGCCCAGCCAGUGGAGACCGCCAACUCACCGCCACAUCAGCUCAAGGCUUUCUCACCACUGCCACAUGAUUUCUCCUUCAAAAGAAAACCCUCCCCGGACAAGCACGGACACCAAGAUCCCAGUUGCGAGCUCUGCGGCUUCUUCUUUGAGAACCGCAAGGCCCUGGCCAGCCACGCGCGAGCCCACCUGAGGCAGUUCGGCGUGACGGAGUGGUGCGUGAACGGGUCCCCCAUCGAGACGCUCAGCGCCUGGAUGCGCAGCCGGCCGCAGAAGGUGCUGGAGAUGCAUCGCAGCUACAUGCAGGGCAACCGCACCACCCUCAAGAAGAAGAGCAGCUCACCUCUCACUGCGCCAACGGAUUAUCAUCAUAUCCUCCCCAUCUCAUCACAGAAGGCCUCCUCCUCUUCCUCCUCCUCCUCCCAGUGGACGUCGUCUUUGGCUGUAAGCCUGGUGCGGCCGCUGAGCCGUGAGGUCGGCCAGGGCUCUUCCAGGACCGCCGAGCGUGAAGCCGACCCCAACCUAGCGGCUCCCUUCAGGCCCGGGCCCUCGCGGCUCGCCGCCGGCCUCCCGCUCCAAGCACAGGUGGCACGCAGUGAGCUAAACGUCCGCCUGCCCAGAGGUUAUGAGCGGAGGCCCUUGAAGCACCCGUCGUUCCCAGACGGAACGGAGAGCCCUCCCAAACCCCCCCGCACAGGCACCAUCCCCGCCCUGGUGCCCAAACCGCCCUCCUACCCACUGGUCAAACUGGUGGGCAAGUUCUACACCCUGAAGUGCCGAUUCUGUGAGGUAGAGUUUCACGGCCCGCUGUCGGUGCAGGAGGAUUGGAUCCGACACCUCCAGCAGCACAUCCUCAAGAUGAACUACAACAAGGCCGCCGUGCCCAAAGCGGCCGCCGUGCCCAAAGCGGCCCCCGCUGACGCCGCGGCCCCGGUUCAGGCCUCCGCCUCGGUCCAGGCCUCUGCCCUGGUCGACGUCCCGGUCCAGGCCUCUGCCCUGGUCGACGUCCCGGUCCAGGCCUCUGCCCCGGCCUCCAACUCUACCUCCAGUACCACCUCCACCACGCCUGCCCACGCUUCCACCCCGACCCGCAAUGCGCCCCCCGACGACUGCUCCACCACGCCCCCGGUGGCCGAGUGUGCCCCGCCGGUCACUGCCACAGGGAUCGUACCAGUUUCGGAGGAGCAGUCCCCCCUUUCCCCAGCUUCUAUCCCCCUCCCCACCCAGACAGUGUAAGCUCGAGCUCAUCGGCGUCAUCGAACUCCUCGUUUUGCUUCUUUUCGUCCAUCCGCUCCUUUCCUUUCGGCCUUCACAAAGUGUUUUCGAGAGAGGAUCGUUUCCCCUCCAAAGAGCCCUCAAGCACCUUUUGAAGCAGCUUUCUGGACUGUUACUAAGUCCUGUUACCAGGGGAACGAAGCACUCCUGGCUUAUCCGCUGCAGCAAGUAUGGUGAGGAGAGACAAACUGGUGUUUUGUGAUUGCCUUGUUUCUAUUGAAUGUCCAGGUGUUGACACAGACUUUUGCUGUACCUCUCUCCUCCCAGUCUCACCUGGUGAUAUAGGGGUUAAUGUAGCCCUUUAUCAAGCUUCAACCCUACCAUCUGCUACAGUCCCCCCCCGACUGAGAUUAAAUGACAUUUAUAAUCACGGCAGUCUCUUCUGGUCGAGACUUCAAACAUGUGGUAACACUAAGUGUUAAAACAGGCACUUCAACGGUUGACAUUGUCACUCGGCACUUAAUGAAACACCCGUUUUUUUUUUAAUUGCCGGAAUUUGACUAAAAGACUAGUUCCAUUUGGUUAAAGGGGAAAGAAGUGGAAGCACACCCAAAAGGGGAAACUCCCCCUUGCUGAUUUUACAAUGUAAUUAUUAUCCCCAAAAUAUACAUUUUGCUUGAAUGUAGCUUAAAGCACCUAUUGAAACCUUAUAUGCACACCUUCAUACACAAUCAAACAUACGCCCCGUGAAACUAACAUUUCAUGAUGUUUCUUCUCCAACGUCUGUCUUCUGCAGAUGGUAGCUUUUUUUUAUGCAGUUUCACCCAAGUUAUUAUUUAUUUAUUCUUAUGCAUCUGAAUGUGGUAAGCUAGGUCAUUUUAAAGCUAAAGUAGAACUUUGGAAUGUUUGAAAAUAGGUCAGCGGUGCACUUUUACACUAGUGUACACAAUGUGUGUUUGUAUGAUUGUGUACAUGCAUUGCAGAUGUGCAUUUGUCUCCCGGUCUAAAGAGAGAGACGGAAGUAAACCCGCUGAUGGGAACGCCCCCUCUCCUUAGCUCAAAGUAGACUACAUUUGGGAGCCUGUCUGUGGUCUAAUCAGGACUUGAACUGCAUCCGUCAUCGUGUGUUGGGAUGUGCCAAAGAGUCUGUUUACUUCCUUGUCUUGUCUCUGUAAAAGCUGUUUACGCUGGACCUGGCGGUGGAGGAAACUCUGCACAGCCAUCGAGUUCCCCGGGUUCCUCCACGCCGAACCACUGACUGAACCAACCGGCGGUGAAACACAUACGCUGACAACUGGCGCCGCUUGGCGGGACUCGUGCCGACACUGCGGGGUUGAGUUUAUUCCGAGUGAACAUGAACGCAAACCAAACCGGGCUCUUGAGAAGCACCGCAGUCCAAACACAGACACAUGUCUGAUCUCCGCGGUCUGUUUCUUUCAAACUUUGCUUCAGAGUGCGUUCAUAUCAGAACUGAACCAGUACCUUAAAAGGGGUCCAUGUAGACUGGCCAUCGAAACGACAACCCUCCCCCCAAACCCUUUUAUGGAGUAUAGAUACAUACUAUAUAACUACAUGUACUUAAGAAACUGUUGACGCUAGUAGAGCCAUCAGCAGUUCUAUUAGCGAGGUAGUUACAGAAAAAAAAGAGAAAAGAAAAAAGUGAUCUUAAUUCAUCUAUCGUGAUUUGAUUUUAACCUUUUGAUGCUCUGUAUUUUGUAUUGCUCUGUACAUUUCUGUAUUUGCAGUCCUGCAAGGUGAAUCUUUAGAGUAUUUUUUAUUUUGAGGCUCUCCGAGCUGAAACUUUUGGUGCUGGCAAAGAGUGUCGCAGGUCCGGAAGCCAGCGGGUGGCUGAACUUCCUGGUAUGCCGGGAACCUCAUACGCAGCAGGGCCUUUUAAAGGGGACCACCGUGCAGGACACGAUCCUCCUCUGC